CUCGAACUUUCACUUUAAUGGGAGAAGGCGGGAAUGGCGAUAAUAAUUCUUUUGCCCCAUCGGCCGAAGUAUUGAGUUUUAAGAGCAAAAAGUAGUAUUAAACGUGUUGUGGAUCGAUUGAUGAAUUGGAAGACGAUAAGAGACAUCGGACAGUUGCAGCGGUUGCAUGCCCAGUUCAUCGUCCACCUCCACAACCAGCCACAGCUGGGCCUCCUUCCUCCUCCUCAUCCGAUCCUCACCAUCUCCGAUCCCCGUCCACGCCCACCUCCUCAAGCUGGGCCUUCUCCCCCAUCCCCACCUCCGCAAUGCCCUCCUCCAUUCUCACGCCCAGCUUGGCCUCCUCCACCUGGCCCGCCGCCUGUUCGACGAAUUGUCCCACUGGGCUCUCCCCGAUUCCAACUCCCUCCUCUCCGCCUACUUCAAGUGGGGACACCUCCGGGAAGCACGCGCUCUUUUCGAUGCGACGCCCCGCCGCAAUGUAGUCACCUGGACCACCAUGGUCACUGGUUACGCCCGCAUUGGGGACUUGGAGAGUGCUAGGCGCUGCUUCGAUGCAAUGCCCGAUAGGACUGUGGUCUCUUGGAACGCGAUGCUCUCCGGGUACUCUCAGAACGGGUUCGAAGAUGAGGCUCUCCGCUUGUUUCAUGAAAUGGUUGGUGCCGGCUUCCAACCCAACGAGACCACUUGGGUCACUGUCAUUUCAUCCUGUGCGGCACGGGGCGAUCCUUCCCUUGCCGAUUCGCUUGCCGCAUUGCUUCAUCAGGUAAGGGGAAUCGAUUUCAACUGCUUUCUCAAGACAGCGCUCCUCGACAUGUACGCCAAAUGCGGACGCUUGGCUGCUGCUAGACGAAUUUUUGAUGAUCUGGCCCCCCACAAUAACACUGUCGCAUGGAAUGCCAUGGUCUCGGCAUUUAUGAGGUCCGGAGAUUUAGCCUCGGCUAGGGAACUCUUUGAUAGGAUGCUGAAUAAAGAUGUGGUCUCCUGGAACUCCAUGAUUGCUGGAUAUGCUCAAAACGGCCAAUCAGCUUUUGCGGUCCGGCUCUUCAAAGACAUGGUUACACUUACCGGGGAACAUCCGAAGCCUGACGAAGUCACCAUGGCAAGCGUUUUUUCAGCGUGUGGGCAUCUUGGCACCCUGGAGAUAGGCAAAUGGGCGGUGGCUUUUCUCGAGAAAAAUCAGAUUAGGCUUGGCACUUCAGGGUACAAUUCCUUGAUUUUCAUGUACUCUAAAUGUGGAAGCAUUGAAGAUGCCCAGCGAAUCUUUCAGGAAAUGCAAAGGAAAGAUGUGGUAUCCUACAACACCUUGAUCUCGGGUUUGGCCGCCCAUGGUCGUGGAAGGGAAGCCUUGGAAGUGAUGUCAAAGAUGAAAGAGGAAGGCAUUGACCCAGACCGUGUAACUUACGUAAGCAUCCUCACGGCAUGCAGCCACGGGGGGUUGCUACAAGAAGGUCGCCGGUUGUUUGAAACGAUCAAAGCUCCAUCAAACGAUCACUAUGCGUGCAUGGUCGACUUGUUAGGUCGUGCGGGUGAGCUCGAGGAAGCAAAGAGAUUGAUUCAGAUCAUACCGAUGAAGCCACAUGCAGGAGUGUACGGAUCACUCUUGAAUGCUUGCCGCAUUCACAGGAGGACCGAUUUGGCAGAGAUGGCUGCUUACGGGCUUUUUGAAAUCGAGCCAAACAAUUCAGGGAACUAUGUUUUGUUGUCGAACAUAUACGCACAGGCAGGCAGGUGGGAGGAUGUUGAUAAGGUCAGGCAGAUGAUGCGGAGGAGGGGGGUGAAGAAGGCAACUGGGUGGAGCUGGGUGGAGCACAAGGGCGAGGUGCAUAAGUUCCUUGCGGGGGACAGAUCGCACGAAAGAUGCAGUGAGAUCUACCAUCUGUUGGCCAACUUGAGGAGGAGGAUGCAAAGGGCCGGAUAUGUGGCAGAGGGAAGCUGUGUUCUAAGGGACGUGGUGGAAGAGGACAGAGAAGAGAUGGUGGUGGUUCAUAGUGAGAAGCUCGCCGUUUGCUUUGCUCUUAUUGUUAGUGAAGCUGGGGAAGCGAUCAGGGUGAUGAAGAACAUGAGAGUAUGUUGGGACUGUCAUACUGCGAUCAAGACAAUCUCUAAAUUGGAGGGCAGGGAGAUAAUAGUACGGGACAACAACAGAUUCCACCAUUUCUUGGAAGGCCAAUGUUCUUGCAAGGAUUACUGGUAGAUUUUCAGACAGUCACCUGCGUUUCAUAUGCAGAUUGAAACCCCUACCAUUGAAGGCAGCAGGUCUGGUGGUACUCAUCCAUUACAAUGAAAUAUCCACCUUGCAUUUUUUACCGUACGUUGGAAGUCUGACCAUUUCAGCAGGAAUAAUUGGAACUCAGCAUUUGAAAAUUAAAGCGUGUGAUGGAGCACUUAUCAUCCUCAUAUUUUUUUUACCACUAUUCCCAACUCAAAAGUCAGCAUAGUGUUCCACUGUAAGGGUCAUUCUAUUUAAUCA